AAAAGAAAUAAUUCGAGUAGUUGCUAGUUAGUAACUUUACGCAAUCAUGAAGGUCUUUUUUUUUAUUUUGUCCCUGACAUCUUUGGGAUUAGCAGAUGAGGAGAUCAACUCUCGGUACUUUCCUGAAGGCUUCAAGUUUGGAGUAGCUAAUGCUGCCCCCCAGAUCGAAGGAGGCUGGAUAGAAGACGGUAAAACUGAAAGUAUCUGGGACCAUUUCGCCCACACCCACCCAGAGAUGAUCAUUGAUGGUUCUACGCCAGAUAUAGCUAGCGAUUCCUACCACAAAUACAAGGAGGACGUGGCUCUGGUAAAAGCCAUGGGACUGGACCACUACCGACUGUCAAUUGCCUGGUCUAGAAUCUUGCCCACGGGAUACACUGAUAAAGUAAACCAGGCUGGCGUGCAAUAUUACAAGAACUUGUUCGCUGAACUGAAAGCUGCCAACGUGGAACCUAUGGUGACACUUUAUCACUGGGAUCUUCCUCAAGUCUUGGAGGACCAGCUCGGAGGUUGGUUGAACGAAACUGUGGCGGAUCUCUUCGCAGAGUACGCGAGAUUGUGCUUCGAACUCUUUAAAGAUGACGUGAAGAUGUGGAUUACCAUUAAUGAAUCAAAACAGGUCUGUCAGGUAGGAUAUGGUAUGGGAGCUUAUGCUCCGGGUGUCGUUUCUAAUGGGAUUGGAGAGUACAUCUGCACGAAGAAUGUGAUUUUAGCUCACGCCAAGGCUUAUCACAUUUACGAUGAAGAAUUUAGGGCUACUAAUAAAGGAACGAUUACUAUAGUCAUUGAUACGACAUGGUUCGAACCCGGAAGUGACAGUGAAGAAGACCAAGAAGCAGCAGAAAGAAUGCUACAGUUCACUUUUGGCCUCUACGCCAACCCGAUUUUCAUGGGCAACUGGCCUCAAGUGGUGAUAGACAGAAUCGCAGAACGCAGUGAAUUGGAAGGAUUCUCCUCCUCUCGCUUACCCGCCUUCACCGACGAGGAAAUUGUUUACAUCAAAGGUACCUAUGAUUACUUGGCCUUAAACCAUUAUUCGACCCUAAUGGUCAACGCCACCGCAGAUGCACCCAUCGGAGAUCCAAGUUACGACAAUGACAUAAGCGUCUUGACUUGGAGACAACCGGAAUGGCCAAGCGGUUCUGCUGAUUGGUUUGCCGUUGUUCCAUGGGGUAUGAGACGUCUUCUCGUGUGGCUGAAGAAGACCUAUGGUGAUGUGGAAAUUAUUAUUACAGAAAAUGGUCUCUCUGAUAACACCGGAAUAAUGGAAGAUGACCAUAGAGUGUCAUAUUAUCAGGGAUAUUUGAGCGCUUGCUUGGACGCCAUAUAUGAAGACGAAGUCAAUUUGUCAGCCUACACAGCUUGGAGUAUUAUCGAUGAUUGGGAGUGGACCCUUGGAUACACUUCAUUUUUGGGCAUGUACUACGUCAACUUCACCGAUCCGGAAAGAACCAGGAUUCCAAGGAAGUCUGCUAGUUGGUUCACAAACAUGGUUGCCACUCGUUGUCUGGUAGACACUUGUACAGAAUAAAGACUCGUUUAUUACUGUAAUGCAUAUUUGUCAUUAAAAAUUUUCAAGUGGUUUAAA